GGGGGGAGUGGAGUGUCUCCAGAGAGGUGCAAAGCUGAGGGAAAAAUCUGAAUGUAAGCUCCACCACAGUUUUGAGUUUCUCAAUCCCCGCCCCUUCAUGCUUGUUAUAUAGUGAAACCUGAAACAGUAAGAAGUCUGUUUAUGACACCAAACUCUCCUCUGGAAACUGCUAUUUCACAUCAAAAUGAAAGGUCGCACAGGAGAUGUGGAGAACAUAUCCAAGGUGGAGCCCUCCAAUGGGCACAGUAGAACUCUGGAUAUUGUUCCUAGCACAGAGGAGAAAAUGGCGGACAGGGGUCAAUGGGGCAACAAGAUUGAGUUUGUCCUGUCAGUAGCUGGAGAAAUUAUCGGCCUGGGAAAUGUCUGGCGGUUCCCCUACCUUUGUUAUAAGAAUGGAGGAGGGGCCUUUUUUAUACCAUACCUCAUCUUCUUGUUUGCUUGUGGGAUCCCCGUCUUCUUUCUUGAGACGGCUUUGGGUCAGUACACCAGUGAAGGAGGCAUCACUUGCUGGAGGAAAAUCUGUCCAUUGUUUGAAGGAGUGGGUUAUGCCACCCAGGUGAUUGUUGCUUUGCUGAACAUAUAUUAUAUCGUUGUGUUGGCGUGGGCCAUCUUCUACCUGUCCAACUGCUUCACCUGGGAUCUGCCCUGGGCAACCUGCAACAACACGUGGAACACAAAUUCCUGUAUGGCAUUUCAGAGGGGGAAUAGCUCCAUCAAUCACCAUGAGAACACCACCUCUCCUGUCAUUGAGUUCUGGGAACGCAGAGUGCUGAGAAUUUCUUCAGGUAUUCACCAGAUUGGCUCUCUGAAUUGGGAUCUGGUUAUCUGUCUGGCUGUUGCAUGGGUCAUCUGCUACUUCUGCAUCUGGAAGGGGGUCAAAUCCACUGGCAAGGUGGUUUACUUCACAGCUACCUUCCCUUAUGUUAUGCUUGUGAUCCUACUGAUCAGAGGGGUCACCCUGCCAGGGGCCUCCAGAGGAAUUCACUUCUACCUUUACCCUGACUUGGGACGGCUCUCUGACCCACAGGUCUGGAUGGAUGCUGGAACUCAGAUUUUCUUCUCAUAUGCCAUCUGCCUGGGCUGCCUCACCGCCCUUGGAAGCUACAACAAAUAUAACAACAACUGCUAUAAGGAUUGCCUGUCCCUUUGUUUCCUGAACAGUGGUACCAGCUUUGUUGCAGGCUUUGCCAUCUUCUCCAUCCUUGGCUUCAUGUCCUUCGAGCAAAACGUGCCCAUAUCAGAAGUGGCUGAAUCUGGUCCAGGUUUGGCCUUCAUUGCAUAUCCUCGUGCUGUCUCCAUGAUGCCAUUUUCACCUCUGUGGGCCUGCUGCUUCUUCAUCAUGAUUGUCUUUCUGGGACUGGACAGUCAGUUUGUUUGUGUAGAGAGCCUGGUGACAGCCAUGGUGGACAUGUAUCCCUCUGUCUUCCGCCGUAAAAACCGCAGGGAGCUCUUCAUCCUUGCAGUAGCUGUGGUGUCCUUCCUCAUGGGUCUCGUCAUGCUGACACAGGGAGGCAUGUAUGUCUUCCAGCUCUUUGACUACUACGCAGCCAGUGGGAUGUGCCUGCUUUUUGUGGCUAUUUUUGAAACAAUUUGCAUUGGUUGGAUUUAUGGGGCUGAUCGUUUCUAUGACAACAUAGAGGAUAUGAUUGGCUAUCGACCCAGCCCUGUCAUCAAAUACUGCUGGCUUUUCUUCACCCCUGCCACAUGCUUUGGAACUUUUGCCUUUGCAUUAAUCAAGUACUCACCUCUAAAGUACAACAACGAUUAUGUGUACCCAUGGUGGGGGAAUGGAAUUGGCUGGAUUCUGGCUUUGUCCUCCAUGCUUUGCAUUCCUCUUUGGGUGGCAGCGAAGCUCUACUACACCCCAGGAACCCUCAAAGAACGCCUCGUUCUCUUGACCACUCCUUCCACGGACUUGCCGAAGACUAAGCAGGAACAGGAGAGGCUGCCGGCCAUCUUUGCAGCAGAUGGGGACAGCUUACAGCAGAAAGCUCCUUCUUCUAAAGACGGCUACUUCCCUGUUGAUGAAAAGGAGUCUCAUUGCUAAAGACUUAAAGGUUGGAGUUCUGUGGAAGGCUCUGAGGUCAUUCCUCAGCUUUGACACUCUCUCAGCAAUACCUCAACUGACAAGGUGAUGAAACAGGCAGAGAUGCAGGCUUUCAGAUUUACCUCACAUGUAGCUGCCUUCCUGCUGCUGCACCUUUCACCCUUGUAUUGGUGCCUUCUACAUAAGAUUCAAACACACUUUUGGAGAACUGGUUAACAUUUUAUUUGUCAGUAUUAGAGUAACAUGCACAUGUGAAAAUGUGACCACUAAAGGUAUUCAAUGGCAAAUUAUUUAAAUUUGCUUGUGUUUGCUUUCUAAGGAAGCAUUUUCAUCUGAUGUGGACAUCUCUGAUAUAUUGAUGACAGCUUUGUUUUUACUGUACAGUUGGUUUUACAUCCCAGGAUGUAAAAUUCUCUGAUAAACCUCUGAUUAAUUUUAGCUGAGAGUGCUGCAUAUGAACUCAGCUAAGCUUCAGUGUUUUUAUUUCAUAUUAAUAGUACCGGAACAAUUGAUUCAGUGUUUGUUUUUACAUCGGUUUACUGAACUGUAAAAAGUUGCAACAUUAUUUUAAUUUAGGUAGAGUUGCUUUACAUCUAAUGCACUGAAUCAUAUUAAAUGAAAAUGCAAAGUGCCUGAAUGGCACAGCUGUGCUACUUCCAUGAUGUGUGCAGGGAAAGCUGAUAUGAGGGUUUCAUUCCAAAAAGAUCAUCUUGCUUGGGGUCACUUUCUGCUAUACAUAAAGAAUUGUAUUCUUUUACAUGUUGGGAUGAACAUAUGAUCAGUGAUUACUGAUACAAGACACUUUUAGAUAUAUAACUUUUAUAUGCUAAAACAUUUUUAUGACCAAUUAAAAGUACCUUAAUUUAAACAAAAUGUGUUUAUAUGUUUGGGGAUGUUAUUGGGGAUGUUAUUGAUUGAGCUUGAUCAUAUUCAUAUUUAAAAAUAAAAAACAAAGACUGGGAAUUUUAUCAGUACAUUCACCAAUUAUACAUUAAUAUACUUUUGUUUGCAAUGGUACAUUCACGUAAAUUAUUAAUCAUUUCACUGUUUAUGUCAAAUUUAGGUUAUUUUGCAUUUAAAGCAUGGCGAUACAAAGCUGUACCUUGUAAAACACCAAGAUACAAUAAGUCUAUUUUUAAUUUUAGUGCUGACUGUAAUUUGAUGUGAAUUGAUCAUUUAUCUGUGCAAUAAAGUUUAAUGGAACCAUUAAUAGCUUUAAUAAGCUUUAACAAAUCAAAAUGAAAGUGUGCAGCCUCUAAACAUCCUUUAACUGGUUGGUUUAGUCCAGCACACCAGUUAUAACAAACCUGAAAAGAUGCAAAUACUUCAACCUUGUUUGCUGUUCAGUAUCCUUUCCUGUCAACUGAUGCAACAAAUAUGAUGUA